CAAAGAUACUGUUGGUGGCGUAUUAAGAGUGGGAAAAAUUACCGCUUGGGCUCGUGGGGGUUCUUUCCAACGAACACCUCUCUCCAAAUCUGCCUGGUGCAAGAAGAGAGAAUGUUUUUUACCUAGUGUCAUUUCAUUACUAUCAGCCGACACAAAGUGAGAAAUCACUGUUCGAGAGUGUGUAUGAAAGAGAAAAAAAAACCACCAGUGUUUUCUGAUAGACUGCUAGAUUCUCCUUUCAAAUUGUUGUAGUUGCGAGCGAAAAACAAGGAGAAAUAGACCUCUCAACAAAAGUUGCUUUACGCUUCAUUUCACACACUCCUUGAAUCGAAGACUCAAAUAAUUCUUCCAAAUUUUGGCUUUACUCAACAGAUGUAAAAUAACGUGAGGGAUGCUGACGAAUAAUGUUAAGUUGGGCAAGAUUCAGAUAUCUCGUGAGUCAUUUCGGCCGAAUUCUUUGUAUCAGAUUUGUAGUGUGACCAUCGAGCCCUUUGUACCGCGCUAGAGUUAUAAGAAUAAACGAGUUCUGCUUAAUUUGAGGUUUAAUUUGCAAACGUGAUUUUAAUUAUAUCAGCUGAUAAAAAGGGACUGUUUUUAUCACUUCGUUUUGGAGUUAAAAUACCAUUUUCAGUCCAAGUUGAAGAUCGCAGUGAACUCUUGAAGAAUCUUUUUUAACCUUGAGAGUCAAUGAAUUUGAACUAAUUGCAUGCACACAGCGAAACUUCGAGUACUUGUCUCUUGACGUGUUUAUUAAAAAUGCGAGCUUUUGUUUCACGGCAAAUACACCAAUCAUAUUUUGAGAGUUCAACCAUAUCCUCGAGCAAUAAACACUUGUGAUAUUUUGGGGAAUAGUUGACACUGCUGUUGCGGGAACAACACAAACUGAGCGAAAUUUUGCUUUACCCGUAAACUAGGCAAAUAAAGUGGGAAUGUAAGGUGUGAAUCGAAGAGGUACUUGUUGACGCAGUGUUUGGAAAGCAGUCAUUGGAAAAAUAACGCGUGGUAAGUCACGAAUUGUUUUAUUCAUGUUUCAGCAAUUAGGGAAGAGACUGACCUGAAAAAUAAUACAACAAAAUCACUUUACUGCUAUCAUCGACAGAGGUGUUAAAGAAACCGCUCAAGUUUUGGACGAAAUAUUGGUUUUGUUUAUCAAAGGCGAGGUAAAACGGAAAGAUACUUGUUAUUUGAAUGUUAGGCCUGACUUGGUAAGCAUAGCAGGCAUUCUUGUCGAUAAAAUGAUCGAAAACCGAAAAUUUUACUCGGAAAUGCUCCAUAGUAGCUUUGGGGGAAGGUAAUUAAAGCGCUGCUAAGGCAAGGAACGAAUGGGAACAUUGUUACGAGAUGCCCUUGCUCCUGAUAUGAACUGACAGAGUCCUGACAAGACUUGAAUUUGCAUGUCGGUUUUUAAUUAAUUGGAUGUAAAGUUGACAUAAAAGGACGACCGAAGCGACUUUGAACUAACUUUUGAACACGACAUCAUUUGUAGAAAGAAAGUCAGAGAUUUUCGCUUCUUUGAAAAAGAUUCCUUCACUAAAUAAAUCAUAAUAUUUAUUGAUUUCGCUGCCCCACUUACGUAUGUUCCUUUGAGUCGAUGAAACAGCAGGUAGCCAAUUGUGCACCAAAAACUCUCUAAAUUCACUCUCAGAAAUUCACUGCCAUAAACAAUGAGGCAAGUUUUUCAAAAAAAUGUUUCUUCUAUAAUACCUCUCUUCAUGGAAAAGCAAUCUUCGAAACUGUCAAAAAUAUACGUGCUUACUGGUGCAAGUGUGUUUAUAUAACGUUCAGAGUUUCUCUAAUGCUCGGAGUAUGCUUCAUUGGAAACCCUCGCCAGUUUUAGCAGUUCUUUGCGUCUUGUAUAUUAAUUUCCCGGUUAAGAAAUAUUUUUUUGAGAAUGUUCACCAGAAUGGAGAAAAAAUUUUGUGUUUGUAGAUAAAGAAUUUAAUUUAUUAACAGAAUUAAGUUACUCAAUUAAGUCAGUCUAAAAUUUUUUUCCGGCCUCAAUCGCGCCCACGUAACUGUUUGAUUUUGCCCGAUAUGAUUUAAACGCGUCGUCUCUUAUUGUUCAAGUUUGUAACCUAUUCCGUUCAUUUAAUUCAUAGUUAACAAUUUUAAAGUUAACUUUGGAGAACGUUUGCUCUAAAAAGGAGAAAAAAACAACCAGCUCAGCGCAACUGUAGCGUUAAGUUGUUCUGUAACCUUGGUUUCAUUGUUCUCGACAAUUCUUUAAAUUGCUUGAAUAUGCAAAACUAUUUCAACAAUUUUGUUUUUUCCUUAUUAAACUCAAGAUCAAAAAAACAACAACAACAAUAACACUAACUGAAUUGAAAAAUUACACCAGAUAUUAACUUAAGACACUGUCUAAGCGCCAGUGAUUUAACAACAUUAGUUUUGGAGACCUUUACAAGUAGAUUCUUGAGCAUCAUACUGCUCGCAUUUACGACAUAAAGUCAUCGUUUGAAUCAUCGAGAGGCUUCGAAUAUGCAUUCUUUUUUCAACUAUUUGUUCGUCGUCAUGGGUUGCCCGAAUCACAAUAAGUUGAAUAGAAACAUAUAAUUUUUGGUAAGUACGUUUCGUCUAAGAUGACCGAAUAUCUUUUAAUUUAAAGCUGUCGUAUAAUUCUCUUAGGCACAAGCGUUUGUUAGUCUGCGUUUGGUUUAUCCGAGUCUCAAGAGAGAAAAAGCUGAAUACACAACUACAGUUUAAAUCGGUCUGUAUUAAGUGCACCCCAUAUCAACCAGACACCAACCUAUGAUGUAAAUUGUCCGCCGUAAAGAGCGGUUCUUGGAGCUGAAGUUUCGAGUUUCGUUCCGACAAAGAGCCAACAUUCCGAAACGCCAGCUUUAGAAACUCUUUACUAUGGCGGAUUUAAAUUAUCAACUCAUGUAAUAAACCCCAAAUAUUACUGCUUAAGUAGAGUUAACCGUGAAGAUCGCUUCUAAUUCAUUUCUUUAUCCGCAGUUCACAUAUAUGAUUUUCACAUAUUUACAGUCAGUUAAAACCCAAUUGUCUUGUACUACCGCCCACCGACACAGAACCACAGUUUCUUCAGAAACCAACCCUUCUCUGGCUAAGUUUGUAUUCAGUGAAAGACGCAAUUAAACCACUCAUUUUUAUGAGUGACCGAAUCAGAAUUUCUCCUUACAAUCUCGAUACAACAUCAAACAGACACGUGAUGAGAAUAAAGAAAAUUAUCAAUUGAGGGAUUUUUAGCUCAUACAAAGCCAAAUUCUCAGAACUAAUAUCAUAAGAGGUGUGUGGCGGACAGUGAGGAGAAUUACUAACGAGAUCUUGGGAUUAAACGGGUUAAAACGAAGUCAAAUUUUUUUACGCCCCAUUGUAAUGUUCUUGGUUACCUCGCAAAAUUUUUACGGUUUUUUUAGCGCCAGGGAUUUUUCUUACAGAAAGUUAUCUUUUUUGAAUUUUCCUCGAUCCAAAAAACUGAUAAACCUACAAAAUUUUCCGUUACAGGUGCUAGCUAACAUAAUUUUGUUUCAAACAACCUGUCUCAACCUGAUACGCAACAUUUAUUACUAUACCUACUCCUUUUCAGAUUACGUCCCCAAAAGCUACAACUUAAAAGCACUGGAGAAAUGAGACUCAUCACAGGAAGUUUCCUUCUUGCCAUUUUAUUUACCUCCAAGCAAGACGAAGCGUUUGCCAAUGGUUAGUAGCUUGCUACUCACCUUCUAAGAAAUUCAAUUUUUCCCCUUUUUUUUGCCUCAGAAUAAUGAGCACCUCCAGAAUAAAUUGGGUACAGCCUUAGGAAAAAAACUGUUGAAAAGUUUGGUUUUUCAACAUUAAGGACCGGUACCUGAACGAGGGGGGGGGCCGAAGAGGGAGAUCCGCACUGUGAUGUGACCCCCUCCCCCCUCAUUUCCAGUUAAUUGGCAUUCAAUUGUAUAGUCCUCCCUGCAUACUUUGUUGGCGACGACUGAUCUCCCUUCCCUUCCCUUCCCCCUGUAAAAAACAUGUGACUCCCCCAAAUCCUCUGCCCAACCCCCCACCCCUUCCUUACUUUCCAGCGAUAAAUUAUGACUGACGUUACCUGCCAAUAACUGGAACCUUUCACGGAAAUUUCCUCAAAGAUUAGAACUAAUUAUAUGAAAAAAAAAUUAUAUUAAUAUAGAUUAAUGAAUAACAAUUUGUCCUCUUCCAAUUAAUUUUUUUACCAGAUUUGGGGUCAGUUUCGUCGUGUUUUCCAACCGAAAUGAGGAUAGUAGUGAACUUAACUAAAAAUCCUGAUCUAGUUGUCUCCGAAAUGCAUCUCAUCGAUACCAACUGCAAAGUUACGGAUAACAAUGCAACCCACGCCAGGUUCGAUAUACCUCUAAAUGACUGCGGAACGACUCGGGAUGGCUCGAAUCCCGAUUACAUUGAGUUCUCCAAUGCUGUAAAAUGGAGUCCAAAACCUGUUGGGAAUCAGCUGCAAACGCGCAAGUACGAUUUUGAGUCUCGUAUCAUCUGCAGGUAUGAUCGUAAUGGUUCUGUAUCUGUUUCCAUAACGCCUGAGCAGGAAAUCACCGUCAGUCAAACAGGUAUGACGUGAGUUAGUUUGCGCUGUAAAUUGCUUCUGGUCCACUUAUUUCUCAAAUUGCGUCUGCUUGCUGCUAUUAAGUUUAAGUGCAUCUGUUUUGCAGUCGGUCUGUUUGUCUGUCAGCCCGUCUAUGUGUCUGUCUUUCUAUCGGUGUGUCAGGCAGUCGAUCUGACUGAUUUUCGACGUCGGUUUAGCUGUCUAUCUCAGUAUCAGUGAGUCUGCCUGUCUGUUUGUCAGACUGUAUGUCAGUCAGUCAACAUGUCUGUCUCAUGAAAAGGUUGGUUUUAUCAACUGAGUUGUAAAUUGGCCACCGUAAAGAGUUUCAAAGCUGACGUCUCGAAAUUUUUAGCCCUUCGUCCUGCGCUUUCGUCAGCUUUGAAACUCUUUACGGUGGCCAAUUUACGUUAUCAACUCAGCUGAUAAUACAAAAUUAUCUUGAUAUAUUCUCACACCCACGCAGCGUCACAGUUUCUUUAGAAACUUACCCCCUCUUUUAAUAUGUCUGUCUGUCUAUGUGUUUGUCUGUCCCUGUGUCUGUGUGUCUAUCUUUAUGUCUGUCAGUCAGCCACGCUGUUUAUCUGAAUGCCUCCCUGAUCGCCAAUUGUACCCUUCGGGUUUGCAAGAAAUUUUCGUAAAUAUUAUUUAAUCACUUUGCAUGUAUUUAUUUCAGUGUAUGGGAAAUUUUCGUUUGAAAUGAAAGUAUUCAGUGACGCAGAAAGGACCCGCAAGUUAAACCGAGACCUUCCCGUAAUACCCGGAACCCCGUUACACUUCAGAGUACAAGUUUUGUCAGCCGAUUCAGCUUUGAUUCUUCAUCUCGACAAAUGCUGGGCAAGAAACCAGGAUUUUACUGGAUCGCACGAAUUUCUCGAAAAAGGGUAAAAACCACAUUGAAUGAGUAUAUAACAACUGAUAUUCCCAGUAAUACCAAGUCUACGUUUAGAAGGUUGUACCUGAACAUUAAAUCGACUAUUUUUUGACUCGUCAAAUUUAUUCGUGUACACAAGGGAACCUCAAUAAUCUGGCAAUCGUCGGGGAAUGAAAAUCUGGUUUCUAACAACGGUAAGGUGCAGGGAUCAAUAUCAGUAACUGGGCAACUGCCCACCUACCCCUCCCCUAACCCAACAUUAACCCUAACUUGUUAUCAAUCGACUAUUUUUGAGUUAAGGGAGGGGUAGGUGGGCAGUUGCCCAGAUACUGAUAUUGAUCCAGUCGCCCUAUAGAGCAUUUCGAUUAAGUUCCGCAAAACCGAGACCAAACUGAUCCCAACAGUAAAUCAGAACAAAGAAAGUAUUACGAAAGGCCGAGGAGAACUAAAAGUAACUACAUCGAUUAUUUAAACGGUCUGAAGUUGGAGAAAACGCGGGUGACGUGGUCUCAAUUCCUUUUGGUUUGGAAUCUGAUUGGUUCAAAGAAUGGUGUGAAUAUUCCUAACCAAUCACAGAGCGAGGUGAAGCAAAACCAAUUCAGAAUUACUUUUGGCACUCCAGUGAAAUUAUUAUAAGCAGGUUGUCGAAAUAAUUAUCAUUUCUUAAAUCCUUUUGGGCACUAGAAGUGAUCGUAAUAAGAUGCUGGCCACAUUGUGGUGUAUUCCAACCAUAUAUCUAUCGGUCUUUAAUAAAUUAUUAUUAAUAAAUUAAGAAAAAAUUAAAUUAUUAAUAAAAUUAAUUAAUUAAAAAUAAAUCUUCAUUAUCUUCAGUUUAAAUAUAUCGCCAACUCAUCACUUUUACGAAGUGAAAACUUUCAUAUUUUUCUUCCGUUUCGAAACAGCUGCAAUAAUGGCAAAGACGAGACUCUGGACUACGACUGUGCCAAUUCAACCAUUCAGGAUUUCCAGAUAGACGCCUUCCGCAUUCUGAAUUCCCCGACUGAUUUCGUCUUUUUCUUCUGUGACGUCAUCGUCUGUCUUGAAAAAGCCAAUGCCUCGUUGUGCACUGACCGCUGUAACAAUUGUACAGCAGGUUCGAAUGGAGGAUCCAGGAAGAGGAGGAGUGUGGAAGAGGAGUCUGAUUAUAAAUACGACCCAGGAUCCAACACGUUCUCUCUCGUUGUUGGUCCUUAUUUGGUCAAAGAGCAAGAUGAUGGAAAAGGUGUGUACAUUUUCAGUGUUCUCUGCUCCAAUCUUCACCCACGAUCUUACACCCCUACUCCGGCCUUGCUCUCAACAAUCCUGCUUCCGUCGAAGAAAUUAAUCUUUUCUCGCGUUUUCUAGAUCAAAAGUCAAAGGAUGAUGAUGAUCAGACGGAGGUGGAAGAAGACGAGCUUUCCUCGACCAUGAUAAUAGUGCUGUGUGUGACGAGCUUUGCAGCUAUUGUCCUGAUUUGGGUCACGAUUAUGGUAAUCGUUUGGUUCAAACGCUGGUCAGCUAAAAAUACAGCCGAGCAUGCGCAGGCAGGCAUACCAAGGAGACCGAAAGCUUUUAAACUGUAGGCUGAUAAAGAAGCAUAUAAUUCUUACACAUUGCCAGAUUUUGACUGAGAAAGUCGAUCGUAAAACGGUUGUUUGAAAACGUCUUUCGGAAGUAAAAAUUUUUAGCUGAUAUUUAUCAACAUGUUAACCUCUUUUUGACCAUAUUUUAGCUUUUUUUUCUUUUCUAUCUGUUAUUUUUAGUAUUAUUAUUACUAUUUUUAGUAUUAUUAAAGGCUUUUCUGUCUUUGGUACUCAGGUACAGCUAGUUCGUUUUAGAAACCUAAGAUCAAUAAUCAGUGCGCCAAAGGUGCGCCCAGAUUUUUUUCCCGGCUUCUUUAUGGGCGAACAGAGCCUACAAGCGCGAUGCGAACGCAUAAAUCGAGUCAGGCACGAAAUUAGGAUAUUGGAACGCUUAGGGUCCCCCUUUAUCCCUACCUGUACGCCUGUUAUGCAAGCUGUAGAAAAGGGAGAAGGCUGAUAGGGGGAACCGCAGUAUCUGAAAACCCCUAAGUCAUGUUAGCGCUUGUUCCCAGUGAUCCGUUUCUUGCCCAUCCUCGAUAGCUUUUAAUUUUUUGUAGGUACUUGGUGAAAAUAAAGGCGGCGGACCCGCUAAAAAGCAGCGGUGGAGCUUUGAGUGGUUUGUCUAGUUUUCCGUCCAGAUUGCAAACAAAAGGCUGCAUACCACGCAAACUAGCUACCUUUCAGAUGUCAAUAUUUAGUCGCUCUCGAGCUAUAGUAAGGAUAACCUGUUCCGGGCGUUCAGUCCGUAAGCUGCGCGAAAUUAGAAGUAAAGAAACGAGAGAGGCUUGGGUCGGGUUGCAGAUUGUAGCCCGACCCAAGCCUCCCCCUUUUUUUCUCUCCUCCAUUGCUAUCGCGCCAUCUACUGUAUCGCUCCGUUUAACAAACUGGACGCCUCUAACAGACCUUAGCAAGGAACACACAUCACGCGAACAUUUUUGCAACACAAAAGCCUUUCUGCUGCAUAACUCCACUAGCAAUAAAAGCAAUUUCUAAUUUACUACUGAAGCAACCAGGUCUAAAAGAAAUUACAAGCUUUUAGAGGCGAGCUUUAAAUUUGUAUGACUGUAUGUUAAUUUGGAGAAUUUUGAAUUGGAUCAACUGAUAAUCUCCUAAUUAAAUUUUUUUAAAAUUCUCGUCACUUGUCUGCUUGAUAUUGUACUGACAUGGUAAAGAGAAAUUCUGUCUUAGUCACUCAUGGCAGUUUAAGGGUUAAGAGAGAGAAAUACCCCCUAAAGAUUCUGACCUCAGAACUUCCAAUCACCUAGCAUUUUCAUCCACUGACUAAGCUUUAGAGAUCUGUGUAUCACAAAUUGGAAACUUUUAUUAGAUGUGUUACAGCAUUGAACCCUCUAUAUUCACACAAAAAAGAAUUGUUUGUUCGUUGACAUGGGUACGUCUUGCUGAAUCUGUCUGAAACGCCUUCCAUCAGAUACUUAAACAAGUAAGGGGUGGUUGUGACCUGAAAAUAAGAAAAACAAGUACUUGUAAAAUGAGGGUUCUUGGACAAAGCAAAACCAAGGAUAAUAAGUGGUCCGGGUCAAGCCAAGAGCACUUUUUCAUACUUACCCUUGACGAAAACGUGAAAAAGGCUGUACCACACCUCCUUAUUUACUCACGAUGUAUUCACCUGAUUUGGCAAUUUUACUACAACGCUUCGGUUAACUCCCACUCACAACUCUCGGCUUAUUCGAAGGAAACACACACAAAACAUCCCGUAGUAGGCACGUGGAACAGUGCCAUAUAUGGGGCGAUAAAACACGUGUCGCAUACGUGUUUGUUUGGUUAUGUAUAGAUUAACGAAAUCACUUAUAAAUGUCUAUCAACUUAGGAAUAAUUAACGUAUCGUACAGUUCCUAACACCUUUAACUUCUCCCAGAACUCUUAUUUUAUAACUAUUACUACUAAGACAAGCUCGGAAAUCUCAUGCCAUAAUUUUUUUCUAAAAAAAAAUUAUGACAAAUCAACUUGUCAAUCUUCCGUAUCAGAACGAAUUUCGAUAAAUUCAAUCAUAUGACAGGAUCAGCAUCAAUAUUGUAUCUUCUUAUGAAGAAGUCGUGGUGUGCCUUGAUUUGUUCUUCUGUCCAAAGAGUGUCUUUGUAAAUGAGAAAAGUAUGUCAGUUUCAGUAAUUCUUGACAAUGAUAUGGCUAAUCUUCUUGGCAUAUAGCGACGACUACAAAUCAUCAAUCCAAAAGUUUACCACAUUUAACAACAACCUUGUCCACUCUGAUCUCUUUCACAAUGACGAAAACCUAUUCAGUGGAGAGCCCUCAAGCGUUAUUGGAUGCUUCGACAUCGUCGGGCAGCCCUUAGGUAGGGUUAAUUGUUAUUAGGAAACACCAAUCCAGCGAAAAAUAUCUACAAGGAAUUACAAUUCGUAAAAAAGGUUGUGCUUGCUCAUCGUGGUAAAGUGCAAUAAUAAUAACGUAUUAUAUCACAUCAAUGAGGGUUCGCGUGACAGGAAUAAGAUCAUUGAUUUCAAAGGCCUUCCUUUGAGGUUGGAGUUUUAAACAAUUUAAUGAUUUAAAAAUGACUGAUCAAAACAUAUUACCAAGUGCACCACAACUUUAUCUAAUAAUACCAGAUGAUUUCUGGUUGAAGAGGAUUUGUGAUGGUCAAAAGGAGCUUAAGAAUGAAAUUACUCGUUAACGACGUGUCCUUGGCAAAUUAAAGAAAAUUAGAUCCGUUCGUCUCGCAACAUUCACUGUGAUAGGAGUAACGUCAGCUGUAUUUUCAACAAGCGGUCUGGCAGUUUCCCUGAGUGGAAUUGGGAUGAUUGUUGGGGCACCCAUGGUUAAUUUAACUGGCUUGUUUGUUUUUAUAUCAACAGCAUUUACUGCUGGGGGCAAAAGACUCAAUAAGAAAAUUACAAAAAUUGAAAGAACAAUUUCAAUUUCUGAGGCAAAGCACCUGUCAGUAUGCAGGUUAACUUCAAAGGCAAUGGAUAAUAAUUCUAUCUCUGAUAUUGAGUUCAACUCAAUUUUGCUAGAGAUUGAGCAGAAUUAUUCACUGAAAAGCAGCUGAGAAAUUAAGCAAGAAGCUUAUCUAAGGUUGACGUCCAGGCCCUUCAAAAAACAGAUAAAGGAAGAGUACCAAAAAGAAAUCAGAUCACUUGUAAACAUAAUGAAAUCAGAUUUGCAUUUCAAAAGACAUUGAACAGGUUGAAUAUUAUUCUUACAAACGACAUGCAAAUUCAACUCGACUAAAUAUAUGCUUAGUAUUCAAGGUAUCAGCUGAUUGAUUUAUGAUUGAUUUAUUUUUUUGUCCAUUAUUAAACCGUGUAGUAGAAAAGUUGGCUAUUUUUUGGGUUUUGGUUUUUUGGUUUUCAUACAAUGAAAGAUGCCUUUUUUAGAGGAACUUACCAUGAGAUUUCAAAGAGUCUGUGAAAAAAUUCAAAACUCAAUCAAAGUUGUUGAAUCACACAAAUUUGAAAUGAAUCAAGCAAUACAUAACCUUGAAAUUAUGGACAUCAGUCAGAUGGACAGAGAGUUGAAUAAUUAUAAGACUGUAUUUGAAGAGUAUUAGAAAAUAUUGAGAAUGGAGAGAUCCCAAAGGAGAUCGGAAAUGAAGAUAAAAAAAGUUUUUUGAGAAAAAAAAAAAAAAUUUUGAGAAUGAAAAAAUUUCGAGAAUGGAGAGAUCCCAAAGGAGAUCGGAAAUGAAGAUAAAAAAAAGUGAUGAAACUAGGACUUUGAAAGAGAAAUUAACUCUUUAACUCCCUGAUCAAAUUUGAAACUCUCCUAACUGAUCAAAUUUGAAAUUUAAUUGGAUCAACCAUCCCCAAAUUGAUAUUUUUCUCUAUUCAUAUAUCUGUUUGAUGUUUAAUAUUCAGAGAAUUUAGUUAAAGAGUUGAAGAGACAUCAACAAAUUAUCCCAACCCAAUUGAUGGAUUUUCUCUAUUCUGGUCACUUAUCUGUUUGAUAUUCUGAAUAUGAUUAACUAUAAAGAUAAACUAAGGUGAAAUUAUCCUCAGAUAAAUCUUCUAAAAUCUAAAAUAUAUAGUAUAUUAUGCAAGAAAAUAAAUUUUGAAAUCAAGGAUGCAUCCACCAAAAAAAUUUUUAAUAAAACUCUCAAGAUACAAUAUUUUUGACAGAAGUUCCUGUUGUAUGGUUGAAUUUAUUGAAAUUCGUUCUGAUACUGAAGGUUUACAAGUUAAUAUGUCAUAACUUUUUCCAAAAAAAUUAUGACAUGAGAUUUCUGAGCUUGUCUCAGUAGUAGUAGUAGUAGUUGCAGCUGUAAAAUAAGAGUUCGGGAAGAUGUUAAAGGGUAAGUACUGUAUGAAAAAGUGGUCUAGGCUUGACCCUGACCACUUUUUAUCCUUGGCUUCGCCUUGUCCUAGAAGUCUCAUUUUACAACAACUCAACAUUUUCAGAGUUUUUUUCAUGAAGCUUCUGGGACUGGUUGGCUUAUUGGCCAACAUGCUGGUUGGAAGGUCAAGGUUUGAGACAGAUUGGGUUAUUGUGUUGUGUACUUGCUCAAAAUACUUUUUGUGUGGCUUACACAACUUGUGCCACCACAUUAUGGCGCGAUCGGAUUUAUUUAUUCUCUCACUGUCUCUCUCUCUCUCUCCACCCAGAAUUGGGUGCAAGUAUCUGCAAACUGUCAGAGAAAGCAGUUGAAAUGCGGGGGGUAACCUGCAAUGGACUAGCAUCCCAUUCAGGGAGAGAGUAGUGAGACUUCUUGUUGCUUCAUGCUGCAGAAACUGGAAUGAGUGGCAGUUACAUAGGGCACUUGGCUCAAGUGCAGAAUCCACCUUAUUAUGUAUGUGAAAAGUUCCAAAACUAUUGCAUGCUUACCUGUGGCUCUAUGAAGGAGGAGGAACAGGGGCCAUGAGAUCAAUGUCUGAAAGUUCUCUUGCAGCUGCCACAGCUAGGAUGAAUAUUGCAGUGUGUUUUAUCAGCUGCCUUGAAUAAGGAAAAGAAUAGGAGUGAGAUGUAUUUUCUGAUAUUAACUCAGCUUGUUAAAAAAAAAAAACAAAUGAAAAUCUUUGUGGAAUCAAUGAGAGGCAGCAAGUUCUUAGUUCUUAAUGCAUUAUAGAAAGACUUUUUACCUAAAAACAAUGUAAGGGAAAAUGGAAUGCCCUCCCCUCCAAUCUUGGAAUAAAUGGUGUCCUUUCCAACCAUGCUGGUUUUAUGAAAGGGGAGGGGGUGGGGUUGGCCAAAAAAACAUGACCUCACAUCCAGAAACUUCCACCUCUGAAACCUACCACUUAGCCUCCCUCACAUCUUCCCUCAUGUAACUGAAGUCUUGUUCCAUCAUCCCCAUUUAAGGAAUAUCAAUACUCCUGGCCCUGGUUGUUCAAAAGUUAGAUCACACUACUGGCAGAUAAAGUAGUGCAUGUCAUGUGACCUUUAUACAUCAGGGACCAAGAAUACGAUCCAUUUCUGGCUUACACAAAAGAUUACCCUAGUUUUAAAUGGUAAGAAGGAGAAAGAGAGACUUCACCUUUCACACCCCCUCCCCACCCCCCUGCUUCCAGGAUGGCAUAGUGCCCUUGGUGAUCAUGCUGGCCUUCCAAGAACAAGCCUUGAAAUUUGAUUGGCUAUUUUGUUUCAAUGUUGCUUUCUCAUUGGCUGGAAAUCUGAAAUCUGAUCGGCUGUUUUGUUUAAGUGUUGCUUUCUCAUUGGCUGGGAAAAAGAUGCGAUUUAAAAGAUUUAUCAAAGAAUACAUCGCACCGCUCAGUCAUCCGCAAUUCAAAAUGGAGAAAUUUGACAAUUACCCAUCGUCAAAAUUACAUAUAAUUUAACAUUUUCCUUACACGCUAUUCAACCAAAAGUUCGGCCCUUAUCCAGGUCGCGUGAUAAUGGCCGCGUCGUGACCCGCAAAACCCACUCAAACAAAACAGGCCGGAGACGCACAUAGCUCGACCACAAAACGUGCUUUCCUCGUGAACAUUCCUUGCUUAUUACUUCAAGCCGUUUCUUACGGUCACAUCACUAGAUAAAGAGAAAAUAACGAUUACAUAAGCUUCAAUACGCUUACCAUUUCAUAGGAUUUUUGUAAAAGUCAGCUACAAAAUCUUUCACUGCUGCAAAUCCACCGUUUUUAGACGGAAUGGCUUUCCGGAUAGCUUUCGGCGCCAUAUUGGAUGUGUAUGAGAACGAGGCUGGGCAUGACGUAACAUGAAAUAUAGAUUGUAGUGAAGUCACGAGACCUAUGUUUCAGGGCUCCGCCAUAUUACGCUCAGGUAGUGUGUCGCAACUGACCAUUUAACGGUUUGUUUCUUGAAAUCCGGUGAGUACAACAGUUUUAAUGACUAGAUUUAGUUAUGCACUAACGUCUUGAGUUGUUGUUUACCUUAUGCGAACUACUGCUUGAUUUUUAUGCCGAAGAUCUUUGCACGAAGCGAGAUUUCUAGUCGCAACGAUGGAAGGGAAAAAUGGCGGAGGACUCGGCUAGUGACAUUUCGCUUAAACGUCGGCAUGAUAUACCCGAACGAUUACCUUUUGACCGCAUCGUUUCACGCCACUAUUAAUGUGAGAACUUUUCUGCCUUGUUUUGUACUUUAUGUGAGAAAAUAGAGAAUGUAAACGAAGCAAUUCUCGUUCCUGAAAAUCUGAAAUUGCUAUCUAUAUUUCGUAAUCCGACAUCAAGUUGAACAGUGGUUGUGUCAAUAUGAGCACAGGGGAGUUAUCCUGUAGUUUUGUUCGGUUUAUACACGUUUCUUUUGAUUAUAAUUGGUUGUAAAUGGUUGUUUUAUUGUGUUUGAUUAUCAAACUGUGGGAUAUGUACUUAAAACUGUUUAGGGCAAAGUGCAAUAUAUUUCAACCGGACCUUAAAAACUAGUUUCGUUUUGUAGCCGAAUUACCGGAAUAACUCUGUGAGUUUUCCUUGUCCCGUUUAUUCCUUUUUGUCCAACAUGAAAUCGAUAUUCAGUUGAAGAAAAGUUGUAACACCAAAUUUGAUGACUUGAAUCUGAGCCUCAUCUUCUCAAUUUGGAAAAUUUCAUUACGGAUUUUCAUUUAAUGAAAUUUUUAAAUUAUGGAACAAAUCUACUGCUAAGUAUCAAAGAUAGCUAUAAUUCUUCUGUAAACAUUACUGGGUCAUGUAGCAAGUUGAGUCUUAGAGAAUUUGUGGAGUGUUCUUUUAGUGUAGCUCACUGUGUGUGAAUGGUAUGAAAUGACUUUUCUAAAGAAGAUUUUAUUAAAAAAAAAUUUUAGUGCAAAGAUUGGGUGUACCUCUAGUAUUCUGGCAGCAGACCAGACAAAAUUUGAAUCACCUUUGUUUUGCCAUGACAGUAUUUGGGAAGCAGACAAAGAAUCAAUUUAAUCAAGUUUGUGGUGCCAUGACAUCUUUCAGCCAGCUUCAAAUAUGCACCACAGGGUGUUCUGUGUCUUACAUGUGUUUCACAGACAAUUGUUCUUCUUACGUAUGAAGAAACAUGUAGAAUUGCUUUUCCUGUGGAUUUGACGCUAGUCCACAUGGUCAUCAGUUAUAAAUUAAGCAAAUGGUUGGGUACAUUAAGUGAACAGCUUAUAAUUUUUAUUGUCAAAAGCACAAGCCCAUAUGGGGGGUGGGGAAAGGGAGGUUAGGGUGCAUCUUCUGCUGGAAAAUGUAAGGAAAUUUUUUAGUUUUCAAUGGUACUUUACAGAUUGUCAUGCAUUCUAACUGUGGGAAGGUGGUACUUAACAUAUUGCCAUACAUUCUAAUUGUGAUGCAGUUGGUAGGCAGGGUUAGUAGGCAGGGCUUUUUAGAUUUACGUUUUCAACCCAGUUGUUAACAGUCACACAGUUUCUUUAGAAACUUACCCCUUUAUUAGGGUUGAGAUGUAGUCACAAGCUAGAGAUAAGGAGAGAGCUUUUUUUAAAUAAUUGACUGUGACUCAGUUGUUUAAGUAGUGAGUUUCAUAGCUAUUGGACACAACUCACCACAAACCAUGAGACCAUUGGAGAGGAGCUGAACAGUCUCUAUGUUGAUGCUCAUUGGGUGAAGAAAAGCACACUAGGAGGGUAGUGUCUUUCCAAGGAACAUAACUCUGUGACCUAACUCUUGAACCCCCAAGAUCUCACUGUGAACUCUUCUUACAGUCUGCCUGUCAAUUCUUGUAAUUUUAGUUUGGAGAAUUUGUUAUAGAAGGUUAUUCCUCAGGCUACAACAAUUCCUAUUUUGAUCAAGGUUUUGUCUUAUUUUUCAAAGGUUUAGCAUGGCAUCAAGAAAGAAGGUUCUUCUGAAAGUCAUUAUCUUGGGUGAUAGUGGGUAAGGAAAAUUAUUCUUAAUAAUUUUCUUAUCAUGUAAUGUUUUUGCCCCUAACGCUUAUCACUUAGUGCUGUGUAUGGAUUUCAAUGAUAAAACAACAGUGGUUUUCCUCAACCAAAAAAUUGUCCUUCGGAAAGUAGUCCUUUCAAAAGCAAGAAAAUGUGACAUUAAGGUGAUACAUUUCAGUCUUUUAAAAGUUGUCAUCUAACUUUAGAAAACUUGAAAGCGUCCUAGUCUAGUUUAAAGGUCAAAGAAAUUCAGACUUGUGCACAAUUCUGUGUCAAUGUUAGUUUGUACUUUAUUAUAUUGAUAAAAUUAUACAGUAAACAGUAGCAACCCAUGCCCAAAUCUCAACGUUUGUGCAAGCAAUCAUUCAGCGCCAUGUUGAUUUGUUGAAAGAAAGCUGGGUGAGUGUUAAAACUUUAAUUAUAAGGUACUGUCAGCGAUUUCUGAACAAAAUUGAUAUCUCUGGUUCUAAUGGGCUUAACAAGUCCCUUAAAAUGAGAAAAUUCUCUUUAGCUCAAGCUAGUGUUAAAUGGAAAUUUGUAACUGAUGUGCCAGAUAGUUUGGAUUAUUUUUGUCACCAUCAAGGUUUUGUUUUCACGCGUGCCAAUAGCAAUUUGUUCGUCAUGCAACUAAUUAUGUGUGAAAUAAAGUCAAGUCAGCAUCAUGUUUUCAUGCUGCUUUGUGGCACUCUUAAUACAAAAAAAUUCAUUGGAGAGGUGGACACGCAUGUUGGUGAUAAUUGUUUUCAAUUCAACUACCAGUAGGUUUUAAAAUUGUCACAUAACCCACACCUCCCUAUUACCCACAGUGGUGCGCAUUUAAUGCAAAAUCAACAGAUUACCUGCGGGUAAACAGCUGGAAAUUAUGGUACAUGUGAUCCUUUGAAGCUCUUUGGUGUUGCUUCAGUUUACUUAAUCCCCUUUCAAACUCAACAUUAAGAUAAAGGUUAGUUAAAUACAAGAGGGUUUCAUUUUCAAUACGAUUUACAAAAUAUGGUAAAAUACUUCUCCAAUAAAUGGAGGUGCUUGUGUGUGCUUAAAUUGUGGUGAUAUAAACAGGUGCUGAUAAACUUCAAAGCACACUGUUACAUUUUUCUCUGCAGUUUUUUAAUUUCCCCAUGUUUUCAAUACAUUCCCAGAAACAGGAGGUUAGCUUUUGGGAAAUUUCUAUCUGUCAGAAUUUUACUUCUUUGACAAGAAAUGAUGAAAAAUCCAAUUUUUGAACUUAAAUAGGGGGGGGUUGACUUUUACACAAGUGCGACUUAUACAUGAGUAAAUAAGGUACUUGCCUCAGGCUUAGUGAAUAUUUUUGAAUAAUCCCUAGAUGUUAAAUAAACUUGAUAACCAUCACAAUGGAUCAUCAGUAGUGUCUGUCUACUUAAGCACAUGAAGAUCUCUUUCAUAAGUGAGUUGAUUCGUCGGCUUGGAACAUUUGUAUCUGUGUUUGCUAAGUCCUGAAAAGGGAAUAGUUUAGACGAUGUAGGGCAAUGGUAAUAUUAAUUUUCUUGUGGUUCUUGCUUUGAAGGGUUGGAAAGACAUCACUUAUGAACCAGUAUGUCAACAAAAAAUUUAGUAAUCAAUACAAGGCGACAAUUGGAGCUGACUUCCUCACAAAAGAAGUCAUGGUAGAUGACAGGCUAGUUACAAUGCAGGUGAGAAGAUUCAGUUCCUUUGCAUUUUAUCUUGGACUUGCAACUUUCUGUGCUGUAUGGAAAACUGUUUAAUCAAUGAUUUGACUUAGCCUUUACAUCCCGAGAUUUGACAGUUAAUUUUCCCCUCAAGCUACCACACGUUUACUGACAAACUAGUAUCAAGAAUUUGGUGGUAGAUCAAGAAUUUUGUAGUAGAUCAAGAUAACAUCUUCUAGCUGAUAAGUUUCAGUAUUCCCAUUACCUUUUUGUCAGAUAAUGUAUGGAUAUUUUAAGGAGAAAUGCAUGUUUUAUUCAUGCGUGGGAGUUUGACAGUUAAGCACUAUAAUUCUAAGAUUGCUAGUUGUGCCCUUGUAUUCCAUUUGAAGAGUUCUUUGAACAUUGUGUUGAAGUAGGGGGUCCAUUCCCCAAUUGUGGGAAAUCUUUGCUUAUCUGCAGCAAAGGUUGCAGGUUAGAAUUUGCCUCCCUGCCCUAACCCCCUCCUCUAUCUUGUGGUGCAUAAAUCAAUUUAACAGAGAGAUUCCAUGUUGCCAUGCACCUGUUCAGCAAUAGAUCACAGAUGAUGUCAAAAUGUAGUAGGAACAACAUUUCCAUUCUGAAAUGGAAUCUAUUUGUUUCAUCAAUGCAUCUGUUCUCAUUCAGAUCGUAAGUCAGACCCAAUCAAAAGGCAUAAAUGAUUCAGCUUACAUACAUGUGCAGUGUAAUGAAUAAUGGAUGUGGCUCUGACAUUGAAACUUUCUUUAUGCCCCUCAUGUGCAAAGCACUUUACUGGAUUGUACCUUAAACUUUUUUAUUCUUAUUAUUUUUCUGUCAAGAUAUGGGACACAGCUGGACAAGAGAGAUUUCAAAGCUUGGGAGUGGCAUUUUAUCGAGGUGCAGACUGUUGUGUCCUGGUCUUUGAUGUGACUCAACCGACAACAUUCAAGACACUAGACAGUUGGAGAGAUGAGUUCCUUAUUCAAGCCAGCCCACGUGAUCCUGAAAACUUUCCUUUUGUGGUCUUAGGAAACAAAAUUGACUUGGAAAACAGAGUGGUGAGUGUGAGUCUUGACAGAGUAUGUUUAUCUGAAUUAGAAAAUGACAAAUGAAAAUUAGAGCGGUUUGUGGGAUUUAUAUGUAUGGUGUUGGUUUGGUUUAGCAAUUUGGACAAUUGUUUAAAGUGUUCACCCUACAUUAAGCAGCCAAUGGCCAAAGUUCCAAAUUUUUUCCCCCUUAUAGCUGUAAUUUUCACAUUUAUCAAGCAGUCACCUCUGUCAUGCAGUCAUGGUCACCUUGGAGUGAGUCCCAAUGGCCUGUUUCUGUAGUCUUCCAACUGUAAUGAAUAGUUACUUAAAGUGAAACUCUAAUUUUCACAUCUAUCAAGCAGUCACCUUUGUCAUGCAGUCGUGGUCAGCUUAGAGUGAGUCCCAACGGCCUGUUUCUGUAGUCUUCCAACUGUAUUGAAUAGUAACUUAAAGUGAAACUUCUCAAAUAAAACUAAGAAUACUAUUUAAAUCAUUUCUCUCCUGAAAUCAAUUUUUGUAAUAUUUCUGAGGGAGUUUUUGUACAUUAAGUGGUCAAUUAUGGCAUCAAAUGGCAUUUUUUAUAAGACUUCAAUUCUGUGGAACCAAUAUGAAGUGGCCAAGUAAUAUUUAGUGCUCACUUCUACAAUUUCUGGGGGUGACUGCUUAAUAAAGGUUUGACUGUAUAAGAUUGAGCACUCAGUACUUCUUCAGAAAAAGGUUUGAUGGUCAUUCUUUUAAGCAUGGGAGGUUUGGAAGGACAUCAACCUUACAUCAGGAUUAGAGAAGAAUAGGAAGCUUUAAACCAGUCACCUCCCAGAAGUGAUUUACUUGACAAUUCUAAUAAGUUCUAUUGUACAAAAAAGGCUACGAGAAUACCUGUAGUAAAGCUUUUUAACCCUUUCACUCCCAAGAUCUAGUAAGUAAUUCUCCUUACUGUCUGCCAUACAAAUCUUAUGAUGUUAGCUGAGAGAAUUUGGUAUUGGAUCAACUAAUAAUCCCAUGAUUGGUAUUCUUCUCUGUUCUCAUCACCUACCUGCUUGAUAUUGUAUUGAUAUUGUAAGGAAAAAUUCUGUCUUGGUCACUUGUUAAGUGUUAACUAGAGGCUAAGAGACUAAGACCAAGUUCUAAUGUUUGAAAACCACUUUUUCAGGUCAUGGCCAAACGCGCACAAGCUUGGUGCCACUCAAAGAAUGACAUUCCAUACUUUGAGACCAGUGCCAAAGAAGCCAUCAAUGUGGAGCAAGCUUUCCAGACCAUUGCUAAAAAUGCUCUUGCUCAAGAGACAGAGGUUGAAUUAUACAAUGAUUUCCCAGACCAAAUAAGACUCUCAAAUGACAACAAACCUAACUCAAAGGACUGUGCCUGUUGAACACCAUGAAACAGUAGUUGUAGCUCCUUGAAAUCUAGUAUGGAUAAGACAGAUUUACCGCAAGACAACGGUGCUAGUCCUUUCUGUAACAACCUGAUAUAUUCUACACUGGCCAAUGAAAUAAAUUCUUGAAAAUAAUUGAGGCACGCAGCUGGAAAAAGUAAUUGCUUCCUCUGUAUUACGUCAGUGUACGGUGUUUACUGUGAAGGAUGGCACAAUUUUUACCCAAGUCUCCUGCAUGGAAAAAUGUCAGUUGUCAUAAAAUUUUGUAGCAUUUCAUUCGUCUGUAUUAGUGGGUGGGGGAAAUAUUGUUACAUAUCUUGACAUUUUUCCACAGAGAAAUAGAUUUAUUGUCAUACCUGAUUUGUGUUACGUUGUUAUUGCAUGAUUGUGAUAUGUGGAAAAUUUGGUGCACUGUAUUAGUAGAUCAUAGAUUGAAAUGAAUGUACAAUGUAUGUAAUUAAAUGAUAUGUAAACCUUUGAUAAAAAAAAGUGGUGGUUUUAGAGACACUUUCCUAGUAAUCAUAUAUCAAAAUCGUUGACUAUUUCAUUCGCUAGAAAAGUUCACUCGUG